UGGGGAGCCGAAUCUCCCAGCCUUUUGGAUGUCGCCAUGAUCGGUGGCCAUGAGAACCGGCAGGGCGCGUCACUACCUCGCAGGCGUCUUCAGAGUGCCCGCCCUUGUCGAGGUGCGGCACGGAGACCUGCUGAGCGAAGGCACAUACGAUGUCAUCAUCAACUCCGCCAACGAGACUCUCGAGGGUCCGCUCUUUCCAUACUUCCCGAUCGGCGCCGAGUGCGAGAGCGGGGUCUUCUACCAAGAAGAUGUGGUCGACGGGCGUUUGCACAUCGCUGGCGGGCCUGAGCUGAGCCGGCUUUGCCGACGGCUGCCCGAGCUGCCGCCCAACGAUGAUCCGGACGCGCCCUUCCCAAGCGCCUACACCCAGCGAUGUGAGAUCGGCAAAGCGCGGCUCACCGAGGUGCCGGAGAAGAGCGACCUGGCCGGUACCUGCCGGUACCUGGCGCAUGCGGUGGCCCCCAUGUGGGCAGGAGAUCUCGACCAAGAGGAGCAGCAGCGUCGCCUGAAGCUGCUCACACAGGCGUACAGCUCGGCCUUCAAAGUGGCUCGCGGAUCUGGGCGCAGCAUUUGCUCGCCGCUUCUGGGCGCCGGGGCUAAGCAGUUUCCCAUUGACCUAGCUGCGCGCUGCGCAGUAGAAGCGGUCCUCACAGAGGCAAAUCGCUCAACCUGGGAGAAGCUGGUCUUUGUGGACGCACGCCAGGAGUGCGUGGAUCGCCUUCUGGAGGAGUUCCAGAAGGCGGAGUGAGUCGCUGAGUCGACCCGGGGCCGUUGCGCGCAGAG